ACUAUUCCCAGCAUGAUUAAGGUAUUCCUCUUUAAGGACAACUUUGUUCCAUUCAACCUCUGCCUGGUACAAAUGUAUUUCUACUAUGCUAUUUUAUCUAUGGAGUCAUAUGCACUCGCUAUACUUGCCUACGACCGGUUCAUUGCAAUAUGUUUACCUAUGCGCCAGAAUUUAUUCAACACACUGCCGAUCAUGUUGUGUAUUGUGGGCGGGACUUGGGUUUACAAUCUGGGAAGAGUCGCACACAGCACGGCGAUCAUGACUCGACUGUCAUUUUGCAAUUCUGUCAGAGUGAACAGCUAUUUCUGUGACUAUGCGCCUGUGUUCAGACUCGCCUGCAAUGAUUACACAUUGCAUUGGUCAAUAGCCUCAACUUCUAGUAUGGUGAAUCUGAUGGUCCCUUUUACUGUUAUUAUUCUGUCUUACCUCAGCAUAUUGGCCACUGUGUUCAGAAUGAAAUCAGUAAGCAAUAGGAUGAAAGCUCUUGCCACUUGCAUUGAGCAUCUCAUCCUUGUUACUGUAUUUUACAUUCCUAUAUUCACCAUAUUCUUAAUAGGGCUUUAUGUCCGAUCCAUUGACCCUGACCAGCGUGUCUUGAGCCUGUCACUUGCCACUUGCAUCCCACCCUGCAUCAAUCCGAUUGUAUAUUCUUUGAAGACCAGAGAGAUUAAAACCAGAGCUCUGGCACUGGUUCAGAGAAUUAAAACCGGUCCGUGA